CGCCGGAGUGCGGGGGCUAAGGUUAAGGUGCUGGCAGCUGGCGUGACUGGCCGGGUGCGCUCACUGCUGGAAACCCUGGCGUCCGGUGCUGCCCCUGGCGUGGGAGAAUUGAAAUUGAGCGGGAGACGCCGGUACCUCUAUCCCAGCCCAUUCGCCCUGCCGGGGGGGCCGAAGUGGCGAGAAGGGAGAGAGAAGGAAGCAAAAGAGCGUGGGCUGGUUUGGAGGAGCUGAUGCCCUGGUCUGUAUAUGAUGACCAACCUAAUGCACACAAGAAAUUUAUGGAAAAGUUAGAUGCUUGCAUACGGAAUCAUGACAAGGAGAUUGAAAAGAUGUGUAAUUUUCAUCAUCAGGGCUUUGUAGAUGCCAUUACAGAACUCCUUAAAGUAAGGACUGAUGCAGAAAAACUGAAGGUGCAAGUUACUGACACCAACCGAAGAUUUCAAGAUGCUGGAAAGGAGGUGAUAGUCCAAACAGAAGAUAUUAUUCGAUGUAGAAUUCAGCAAAGAAAUAUUAUAACUGUAGUAGAAAAAUUGCAGUUAUGCCUUCCAGUGCUGGAAAUGUAUAGCAAGCUCAGAGAACAAAUGAAUGCAAAAAGGUAUUAUUCUGCUUUAAAAACUAUGGAGCAAUUAGAAAAUGUUUAUUUUCCCCGGGUUAGUCAAUACCGGUUUUGUCAGCUAAUGAUAGAAAAUCUUCCUAAACUCCGUGAAGAUAUUAAAGAAAUCUCUAUGUCUGAUCUCAAAGACUUUUUGGAAAGCAUUCGAAAACAUUCUGACAAAAUAGGUGAAACAGCAAUGAAACAGGCACAGCAGCAAAAAGCCUUCAGUGUUGCUCUGCAGAAGCAAAAUAAUAUAAAAUUUGGGAAGCAUAUGUAUGUAAAUGAUAGAAUUCCAGAAAACAGGAAUGAAAUUAUAUUGAAACAUACAUUUGAAGAAGAUGAUGAGAACGAAGAGGAGAUCUUAACUGUUCAGGAUCUUGUUGAUUUUUCUCCUGUUUACCGAUGUUUGCACAUUUAUUCAGUUUUGGGUGAUGAGGAAACAUUUGAAAAUUAUUACCGGAAACAAAGAAAGAAACAAGCAAGACUGGUAUUACAAUCCCAGUCCAACAUGCAUGAAACAGUUGAUGGCUAUAGAAGAUACUUCACUCAAAUUGUAGGGUUCUUUGUGGUAGAAGAUCACAUUUUACAUGUGACCCAAGGAUUAGUAACCAGGGCAUACACUGAUGAACUUUGGAACAUGGCCCUCUCAAAGAUAAUUGCUGUUCUUAGAGCUCAUUCAUCCUAUUGCACUGAUCCUGAUCUUGUUCUGGAGCUGAAGAAUCUCAUUGUAAUAUUUGCAGAUACUUUGCAGGGUUACGGUUUUUCAGUGAAUCGACUUUUUGACCUUUUAUUUGAAAUAAGAGAUCAAUAUAGUGAAACUUUGCUGAAGAAAUGGGCUGGAGUUUUCAGGGACAUUUUUGAAGAAGAUAAUUACAGCCCCAUCCCUAUUGUUAAUGAAGAAGAAUAUAAAAUAGUGAUCAGCAAAUUUCCCUUCCAAGAUCCAGACUUUGAAAAGCAAUCUUUCCCAAAGAAAUUUCCCAUGUCUCAGUCAGUACCUCAUAUUUACAUUCAAGUCAAAGAAUUUAUUUAUGCCAGCCUUAAAUUUUCAGAGUCACUACACCGAAGCUCAACAGAAAUAGAUGAUAUGCUUAGAAAAUCAACAAAUCUGCUGCUGACUAGAACUUUGAGUAGCUGUUUACUGAACCUUAUUAGAAAACCUCAUAUAGGUUUGACGGAGCUAGUGCAAAUCAUCAUAAACACAACACACCUGGAACAAGCUUGUAAAUACCUUGAAGACUUUAUAACGAAUAUUACAAAUAUUUCUCAGGAAACUGUUCAUACCACAAGACUUUAUGGACUUUCUACUUUUAAGGAUGCUCGACAUUCAGCAGAAGGAGAAAUAUAUACCAAACUUAACCAAAAAAUUGAUGAAUUUGUUCAGCUUGCUGAUUAUGAUUGGACAAUGUCUGAGCCUGAUGGAAGAGCUAGUGGUUAUUUAAUGGAUCUUAUUAAUUUUUUGAGAAGCAUCUUUCAAGUAUUUACUCAUUUACCUGGGAAAGUUGCCCAGACUGCUUGCAUGUCAGCCUGCCAGCAUCUGUCAACAUCCUUAAUGCAGAUGCUACUGGACAGUGAGUUAAAACAGAUAAGCAUGGGAGCUGUUCAGCAGUUUAAUUUAGAUGUCAUACAGUGUGAAUUGUUUGCCAGCUCAGAGCCUGUGCCAGGAUUCCAGGGGGAUACCCUACAGCUAGCAUUCAUCGACCUCAGACAACUCCUUGACCUGUUUAUGGUUUGGGACUGGUCUACUUACUUAGCGGAUUAUGGACAGCCAGCGUCUAAGUACCUUCGGGUGAAUCCAAACACAGCCCUUACUCUUUUGGAAAAGAUGAAGGAUACUAGCAAAAAGAACAAUAUAUUUGCUCAGUUCAGGAAGAACGAUCGGGACAAACAGAAGUUGAUAGAAACAGUCGUGAAACAGCUGAGAAGUUUGGUAAAUGGUAUGUCCCAGCACACUUAAACUUGUACUCAAGAUACCUACCAUAUAUGUUACUCUCCGUUGCGCUCAAACAGGCACUGGUCAUUUGUUUGCAGAAUUCCAAGAUAUGGUAGAGAAAAGACAAUGGUGAGAACUUAAAGAAACGAUUAUUAUCAUUUGUAUGGAUUUUUAAUUGAAUACUAUUUUAUAUAUGAAAAACAUGACCUUUUUGAUGUUUAGGAGGGAAAAGAAAAAACUGUAAUAUAUAAAUCACAUCAAGCAUGUAUAUAAUACUGAUUUUAAAAACAUUGCAAAAACGUACACCUAUUAUAAUACAUACUUUUUUUUUCUACUCUGAGUUGAAUGGUUUUUUGGUGUGUGUUUUCAUCUAAAAACAUCUGGUGUGUUUUACAUCUGAUUUUGGAAUGCAGUCAUGUCUGAUAUAAGGGGGUAAAAUUUCACUGUCAUUUUCUGACUUUUAGCUCUUGUUUCACCUCAUUAUUUUCUAUUUCUGAGGGGGGAAUGGACAAAUCUUUAAAGUUUCCUGAAAUUAAGCUGAUUUAACUAAGUAAGAGUGUAAAUUAGUUGUUCUUGUGGUGGGCUUUAAUUUAAUCAUUCUGAAUAUGAAGAAAAGGUGUUUGGAUUUUCCAAAGAUGCAGUGUUGUUUCUGUUCAUCAGGGUUAAUAUUUAUAAGUAUAUUGUCUGCAGAUGACCCCCUUCUAGGAUUUAUUUGGUUUGGUUCAAGUUAGAAGAGAGGGCAGGAUCUGUGAUGAGCUAACCACGGCAGGUGCAGCUUCUGGGGCAGACAUCCCCAGUGCACACAGCUACUGCAGGGUCCGGUUACUACUCUCAACAACAGGUCUCAAGGCCCUGCCCUCACGGUAGGAAUCAGCCAAACCAAGUGAACUCUGGAAACCUAAAACAAUUGUACAUUUUCCCUUUGUGUAAAUUACUGUGGUCCCAAUGGCAGUAUUAGUCUGGUCUUUAUUUUCUCUUCUUUGUAUUUAUGCUGAAUACUUUUGCAUUUUCAGGAUAUAUGCUUGUAAGCAACUUAUACUUGACUCUGUAAAAUAAGUAUAAAGACGUAUAUGUACAUUUCUUGAUUUUGUGCUGAAGAAUUAAAAAGGCUGAGCAA